AUGGAUUUCACAUCAGGGAAGAACGCAUCAGAAAACAACAACAACAACUCAGAAAACUCUCACCAAAUCUCCGAUUCUUCUUCCCAAUUACCUUCCGAUUCCUUCAAUAUCAAAGAAACCGAAGAACGACAAGCACGUGAACUCAAAGCUGGUCUUCACCCUCUAAAGAGCAAGUUUGUAUUUUGGUACACUCGCCGGGUACCUGGAAUUCGAAAUCAAUCAUAUGAGGACAACAUAAAGAAGAUUGUCGAAUUCAGUACGGUUGAAGGAUUUUGGGUCUGUUACUGCCAUAUUUCUCGUCCUGCUUCUUUGCCUAGUCCAACAGAUUUGCACCUUUUCAAAGAAGGAAUUCGUCCUUUAUGGGAGGACUCUGCUAACUGCAGUGGUGGAAAAUGGAUUAUACGAUUCAAGAAGGCUGUUUCAGGUCGUUUUUGGGAGGACCUGGUGCUUGCUUUAGUGGGUGACCAGUUGGAUUAUGGUGAUAACAUAUGCGGUGCAGUACUAAGCAUUCGAUUUAACGAGGAUAUAGUGAGUGUCUGGAACCGCAAUGCUUCUGAUAAUCAGGCUGUAAUGGCUUUGAGAGAUUCGAUUAAGCGUCACUUAAAGCUUCCUCACAGCUACGUUAUGGAGUACAAGCCCCACGAUGCUUCUCUGCGAGACAAUUCAUCUUACAGGAAUACUUGGUUGAGAGGCUAG